AUGGACCAAGCUUCUGGAUAUGUGCCCAGCGAUCAGCUCACCCAGGCUGGGACAGAGCGCAAGCGAACUAGGCGCGCCUCUCUUGAGGAAGAGUCGACUGAAAGCAAUACCGUCAUCAGCAUACCGCCAAGCACUACACCCCUCACGAGUACGGAACGUACUAGAAGUGAUGGGAGAACGCCCAGUUGUGAUCCGAAUCUGGAUAUUAGCAAGGAACUCGGAUGCGAGCGCUCCAUAACCAAGCCUUACAUCGAUGCCUAUUUCGAGCAUAUCGCCCCAAGACCCGAAAAUGGAUUCAUUCACCGUGCCAUCUUCCUACGGGCCUGGACGAGCGGGGCAGUUGACCCGACGCUACUAAAAGCAAUCUGUAGUGCCUCAGCAGCAUUUGUGUCUACAGAGACCGCCAUUCUAGAACAGGCAGAGCAGUGGCGCACCGAGGCCGAAGCAUACGUGUGGGCGAAUAUUGGACGACCAUCCAUAACUGUCCUUCAAAUUCUUGUCCUAGUAAUCUCCCAAAACUGCGCCUUGUUCCGAUUUUUGACGUUACAGCCGCUUCUCGGUAUUGCGUCCAAGAUGGCUUACAUGCUUCGUCUGAAUCAUGAAAAUAACAUGUUGUCUACCACAGCCCGUGAGAUUCGACGGCGGAUUAUGUGGUCUAUAUUCUUUUUUGACAGGAAGCUUGCCGCUGGACAGUCUGAUUUGUCUACCUGUCCUGUCAAAUCGAUGCAUAUACAGUUACCGGUUGAUGAGAAGGGAUUUGAUCUAGCAAUAGCCGGAAAGACGGGUAGGUUGAUUCCUGGGCCUGGUGACGAAAAUCACUCUGCACAUAUGGGCACCAGAGCAUAUUUCUGCAGACUUUCUCAUAUCCGCCAUGAGAUCCUCCAAUACACUAGAAAAGUGAUCGCAGAAGGUUCUAGCGCGCAUGAUUCCCGAAGUGAGCUCUUUCAACUAGAACACGAUCUGCAAGAUCUGCGCAGCUCUCUAUCAGAAUCAUUGGCGCUCAACGAAAGCAACCUCUACCUCCGUGCCUACUCUUCUCACAUGCAGCGGUUCAUGCUCCCCGGAAUCCGUGAAUCCCUCCCCGAUGAGGCUCUCAAGGCGACAAUACCAGACUACGCGCUAUACUGUCAGAUCCGAGUCGUUGAGCAUGCAAAGGCUCUCGUACAACUCUUUCAAAUGGUGCAGAAAGUUGGUGAUCAGACGCCGCUGGAUCCUGGAAUCAGUGUUUGCGUAUUUCAGUGCACAAGGAUUAUCAUUCGAGCCUAUCAGAUUGGUCUUCUCGGCAGCAAUGAGGAUGGCACAGUGAGCCAGUUCGCAAAUCAGAUCUACAAGGAGAUAAAAAGUCUCAUCGACAAGGCUACUGCCCAUGCAGCAGACUACAACCCUAAUGUCAGAACAAGAGAAACACCAAACGAGGAUCGGCUACGCGAUCACAAUAUACUCGACAUUCUUGCUCGCAUUCGAAAUCGUGAUAUAGAAAGAGGAGAGGAAGUUUUGCAAUGCUACCCGGCAAGCCCAACGGCGACUACACCCGCAGAAAUAGGAAGUGCAAUGGAAGAGGAAUCGUGCGACACUGAAAACGUGCACGCCGAUGGAGUUUCAGGAGAAACAAGCCUAGAGGAAACUCUCUGGGAUUUAGGAUUCGAGCCCCAGCAGAUGCUGGAUCCGUUUACGGCUGUCUUUGAUGAUUUCGGGGGACCAAGAGUGAAUUUCCUGUCCCCCGAUCUCAACCAGUUAUAA